UUUCUUUCUUUCUCUCUCUCUCUUUCUUCCUUCCUCCCUUUCUUCCUUCCUUCCUUCUUUCCUUCCUUUCUUUCUUUCUCUCUUUCCUUUUCUGGGGUGGUAGUGAAGGGGGAUUGGAUUGGUUGUUCUCAGAACAGGGAGCUGGAAUUGAUGCACAGAUCAGUAGUGUCCUUGUUGGAGUGGCUGUCACAUGAAUUUUUUGGAGAUCUCUGGAGAAAACAGAAAGAAAUUGAAAUGGCAUGAAUGAAUUAAACCAGCCAGAAUCCCUAUGGCUUCUUCAGGGGACCCUAUCACUCUGAUUAAAGAAUUUCCCCAACACUGGAGAAAACAGUCUUUUAGUCUCUCAGCAAGAUUUUGUGAAUACCAGUGUACAGUUUUUUCGACAUCAUUUACCAGCUCUGACUUUGUUUCUCACUUUUUAGUUUACGACACAUAACUGAAAAUGUCCCAGAAAGAUGAUCCAUCCAAGUUAAUCAUCUGUGAAGAGUUGUGGACCCACUGAGUACUAAAGCAAACCUUUCUUCUAUGUGAGCCAAAAAAAUGAAAAACAGCCUGCCAAACACCAGUAAAGAGAUGACUGUCAUCAUAUGGGAAUUUGAAGAGCUACUAUAUGGCACAUUUAUGAUCAAAUGGGAGAGGAUCAACUGUUAUGAUGUCCCAGAGGCCUUUUAACUGAGUAAAGAAGAAGGGAAAAUUAUAACAGCUUGUCAUCUGUGCUUGCACAUUAGACUUCAAUGUAGUUAAUGUAGACAAAUCCAAAGCAAACAUGCAGAUAGUUACUUGAAAAAAAACCCAAAUCAUGUAUAUAAGCCCAGACCAAUGCAAUAAAAAGGAGGUUAUUCUAUAUUCAGUCUCCCCAGCCCAUCGAUGAUCAGUCUUUUAGAAAGAGCAGCAGUAGAUUAUAAAUUCAGCUUUUUAACCACCAUUUAGCAAAGGCAGUUUCUCUAGAAAGAAACAUGCCUGCUAAUGACACAUGUGCUGGGACAGAUGGAUCCAAUACAGAUUUUCGGUACUUCAUCUAUGCAGUGACAUACACUGUCAUUCUUGUGCCAGGUCUCAUAGGGAACAUAUUAGCCUUGUGGGUAUUUUAUGGCUAUAUGAAAGAAACCAAACGGGCUGUGAUAUUCAUGAUAAACCUAGCCAUUGCUGACUUAUUACAAGUCCUCUCCUUGCCACUGAGGAUCUUUUACUACUUGAAUCAUGACUGGCCAUUUGGGCCUGGCCUCUGCAUGUUUUGUUUCUACCUGAAGUAUGUCAACAUGUAUGCAAGCAUCUACUUCUUGGUCUGCAUCAGUGUGCGAAGAUUUUGGUUUCUCCUCUACCCCUUUCGCUUCCACGACUGUAAACAGAAAUAUGACCUAUACAUCAGCAUUGCUGGCUGGCUAAUAAUCUGCCUUGCCUGUCUGCUAUUUCCACUCCUCCGAAGCAGCGAUGACACCCCUAGCAACAGAACAAAAUGCUUUGUGGAUCUUCCUACCAGGAAUGUCAAUCUAGCCCAGUCUGUUGUCAUGAUGACCAUUGGCGAGUUGAUUGGAUUUGUCACUCCUCUUCUGACUGUCCUGUAUUGUACCUGGAAGACGGUUUUAUCACUGCAGGAUAAAUAUCCUGUGGCCCAAGACCUUGGAGAGAAAAAGAAAGCCUUGAAGAUGAUUCUAACCUGUGCAGGAGUUUUCCUAAUUUGCUUUGCACCUUAUCACUUCAGUUUUCCUUUAGAUUUCCUGGUCAAGUCCAAUGAAAUUAAAAGCUGCCUAGCCAGAAGGGUGAUUCUCAUAUUUCAUUCUAUUGCCUUGUGUCUUGCUAGUCUGAAUUCCUGCCUUGACCCAAUCAUAUACUACUUUACCACUGAUGAGUUCAGAAGACGGCUUUCAAGACAAGAUUUGCAUGAUAACAUAAAACUCCAUGCAAAAUCAUUUGUGAGCAGCCAUACCACUUCUACCUUGACAACUGAACUAUGUUAAAAAAAAAACUGGAUGUGGACUGAAACUUAAGCUAUAAAAUUUCAGUGACAUACUAUACACAUAUGAUCUCAACUAGAGCCAGCAGUUGUAUCUGUGAACCUAAGACAAAGAGAGACUAUUAGGUUGAAGUCAUUAUAAACACUUAGUUUUGUUACAAUGGACAUUGAGUUUCCUUGUAUUUAGAAGCAAUGUAAUUGUCUAUUUAUACUAGUAAUCACAGUUUAUAUCCCAAUAUCAUAUUUUAGUUGUCUUUAAGUAGGAUGGACAUUAUAUUAUUCUGCAAAAACAGUGUUAAAAUCAUGGACCUUUUUUUUUUUUUUUUUUGUGGUACGUGGGCCUCUCACUGUUGUGGUCUCUCCCGUUGUGGAGCACAGGCUCUGGACGUGCAGGCUCAGCAGC